CCCUGUGCCUGUCUCCAACACAACCACCACCUCAGAGAAUCAUGCUUAGUUAUAGAGGGCGAGGCCUCAGAGCAGCGGAACCUUAAAAGCCGGGGAUACGGCGGAAUGGAGUCUGGACGGAAAGCAGCCUUCCCACACCGCACCAGGUUACAGACUUCCGCCCCUCAGGGAACUUGCCUCCACCUCCACCUCCACCUCCACCCUCCAACAUCCGCCCAGUUCCGUUUCUGCGCAGACUCCUGGGAUUAUUUGCCGUCGCUAUGGCAACCCGGUAGCUGGUGUCUGACGAUGGAGACCUUUGAUUUUACUGAGAGAUCGCGGUCACGAUCUUUACACGAAAGGCCCAGCUUGGAAGGAUUAGGGUCCACUUCGGAACCAUCUCCUUCGGACAGUGGUCCCAAGUCGGCCCUGGCAGCCGCAACUGCAGAAGCUGCAGCAGCUGCUACAGCCACUGCAGCUGCCUCCACUUCCAAAGCAGCUGCAUUACCUAUAAAGACCCAAGCGCCAUACUCUAAGCCUAGCCACCUCAUGGAUCCCUCCUCCGAAAGUCUUCUUGGGGAGCCCUACACUGGAUCCAGCUUUACUCACAAGAUAGGCAAUGGGAGAUUUGGCUUUAAGCCUGUCUACGGUUCCUGCAUUGCUCAAGAUCCCUGUACUACAAGUGACCUUAGCUCUAGUCCUGGCCUUGCUACUGGCUCUAGCUCUGACCCUGUUCCUGGCUCCAGUUCUGGUCCUGGUGGUGGCUCUGGCCCUGGUCAAGGCAUUAGUCCUGAUUCUGGCCCUCUUCCUGCCAGUGACUCUGGGCCUAAUCCAGGCUAUGGCCAUGACCCUGAGCUCAGCCCCUACACUCUUCCAAGCGUGAGAAAUCCCGGGGCGGACCCAAUCCCCAGUUAUGCCUCCUGGAAUCACCACCAAGGGGAGCCGGAGAAACAGCGCUGGAAAUUUUUGCAAGUCUCAGAACCUGGUGUCCGAGGGCUAUGGAAGCCCCCCGAUGUUGAAGAGAAGUGUAAGGUUAUUAGUGAGACAUUGCCACGGGGCCGGUGCCUUCUCUACAACUGGGAGGAGGAGAGAGCCACCAACCACCUGGAUCAAGUCCCAAGGAUGCAGGAUGGCUCUGAGAGUUUCUUCUUCCGACAUGGACACCAGGGGCUGCUGACCCUGCAGCUACAGUCACCCAUGCCCCUCAGCACCACCCAGAAAGAUGCAUACCGGCCCCCAGGACACCACUAUCAGCCAAGUAGAGGGAAGCGUGAAGCCAUGCUGGAGAUGCUCCUAUACCAACAGAUCUGUAAAGAGGUGCAGGCAGAGCAAGAACCCACAAGGAAGCACGUUGAGAUGGAGUCUGUGACACACCAUGACUACCAAAAGGAGCUGGUGAAGGGAGGGCCUCCUGCCCCAACAAAGCCUCACGACUACCAUAAGGAGCAGCCUGAAACCUUCUGGAUACAGAGGGCACCACAGUUACCGGGUGUCAGUAACAUCAAGACACUAGACACGCCAUUCCGGAAGAACUGCAGCUUCUCAACACCAGUGCCUUUGUCCCUAGGGCAGCCUUUGCCCUAUGAACCUGAGAAUAAUUCCUACCAACUGGGAGAAAUCUCUUCCCUUGGCUGUCAGGGAGGAGGGCAGGGUGGUGGAGGGGGUAGAACUGCCUAAGAGUUGAGGGAAGAAGGAUGUGGAAUAUGGAAUCUAUUUCUGUCUGUACUGGAGAGGUGUUUGUACUUUGUAAAGGGGCUUUACAUAAAGGGUUCUUUCUCAUCGUAAA